AUGACUUCGGAAGACCGGGGCACCGGAACGUCACAUACACCCCGAACACCCAACACAAGACCCACCACGGAGACAACCACCGAAUCCGAUGACCAGACACAUCCGGAAACUAUCGAAUACUUACUUGACUCAUCAGAAGAGGUGGCGACAAACGGCUCGGAGAAAGUGAAAAAGCGCCGGCAGCGUACGCACCCGAAAUCCGUGCCUGGCUACGACAACCCAAAAUUGCUGCGGUGCCGCACUGAAGAUUCGCAGCGGAAGCGGAGGCGCAGAAAUAAGAAGAAACAACUGAACACCAUCGAGGCCACGCUCAGCUCGGAGAAGAUCAACCGCCGCCAGAAGACGUCGGGAAGUGGAGGGAAACGCUCGGCGGGUACCCGGACUCGCACUGAAGGAAAAGAUCAUCGCCGGAGGAGAAAUAUGGAAUCCUACCCGGGCCUUCAAACGGCCGUCGGCAGCUCGGAAAUGCGGAAUGCCCGUCGCGUCAAAACGGCCAGCUCGGCGAAAUUACGCAAACGUGUGCAGCCGUCGAUGUCGCAGAAGCAGCAGAUGGACGACUUGAAGAAGCGCCAGGAGAAGAACCGCCUGCUCCGGCAAAGCCUCGAGAAGCGCGCUCGAACGCCCGGGACGGCGGAGCUCGUGCUCGACGCGACCCAAAUCGCCUCGGAGAGCACGAAAGAAGAACCACCUCGGCACUCGGCCGAAAAGACCGGACAGGACGAAUCUUCGAAACGCCAUAAAACCGCACGGAACCUGCUGCGCGUGCUGAGGCCGGGCGGCGGCUCUGCCGAGCUGGCUGGCCGUGGCGGGAAGCGGAGCAAGUCCGCCGAGCGGUCCACCGACGACACCGACGACUCGGCGCAGAAGCGGCGACGAGCGCCGAAGGGCAAAACACGAGCCUCGCACGAGAGUCUGAUGACGCGAUCCGGGCUCUGCACGCAGACGUCCGGUCGGACAUCGGGUAGUGGAGGCGCAAAACGGAACAAACGUCCGAAGGCGUCGCUGCACGCACGCUCCGGCAUCGGCAAGGUGCAAACGAAGAGCAGCCCGUCGGAGCACACGCAGCCCACCAUCGACAUU